AUGAAACUCCAACUAUGCUAUGCAUUUGCUUUCGUCUUGUGUCUAUUCGUCAUUGAAAUCUCAGCUAAGAAACGAUACUCUGACCCUGAUGAUAAUGAUGAUAGUGACGAUGACGAUGAAUACAACCAACUCAAACGUUUUCUAUUUCAUAAACAAACUACGAAUAAACCAUCAAGCUCACCAAGUGUUCUUGAUAAUCUAGUGCGCCCAUCAAGUUUUUCACCAUCACUUUGGACAGUAAAAACUACGAAUUCACCUUGGUAUCCGUCAUCAGGAGUUUGUUCAUCCAAUCCUUGUGAACAUGGUGGUAUAUGUAAUGCAAAAGGGCAGAAUACAUUUGAUUGUAAGUGUAUUGGUCCAUGGCGAGGCAUCUAUUGUGGCAUCGCUGAUGCAUGCUAUCGUUCACCAUGUCAAAACGGAGGUUCAUGUCUUAAUAUAUAUGAUGAUUAUUGGUGCAAAUGUUCUGAUGAUUAUUACGGGAAAAAUUGUGAAUCAAAAUUCUAUAAUCCUGGAGAAUCGACGAAUAAUUGUCGACCCAAUAUUUGUAAUACCGGUCGAUGUGUUUCUUUAAAAACAACUUAUUAUUGUUCGUGUCCUGAAGAUCGUUAUGGUGAACACUGUGAAAAAAAAUUCAGUUUUAUUAAGCGAAAUUCUGUCGAUAAACGAUCAUUCUAUCAAUUAUUAAAUCAAAUUGAGAGAGAUGUGGCUGAUCCGAAUCUUGACAAUUUCAAUGAUAUUGACGCUGAAAAAUAG